AAAUACUAUAGAUAAAAAAUGGGCAACAAACCGAUAAGAAUAGCUAAGUUACAAACUGAUAAAUAAAUUGAUAAUAAUUUUCUGAUAGCAUUCACGAAACGUACACGAUUACAUUUCUAUGGAAUACCCGAUAAGAUUUUCCCGGCACAAUAUUUUGACACAACGCGCGCAAAUGUGCUCGGCAUCAACCUUUUACCAUCAACUAACCAGGUUUUUAUGAAUUUUGUUUAUAGGAUAAAUUAAGGAAAUAAUUAUGCACAAAAUCGUUAAAGUUGAAACAAAAUUAAAUUAAUCAAAAAAAUACCGGCAAAAUGUCGGUGUACUUGUUGCUGGCGUUGGUCGGCAUCGUCGCGUAUAUUUUUUUGAGGAAAAAUGGUCCACUUCCGGCGGGACAACGGCAUCCGCCGGGUCCGCGGGGUUUGCCCUUAGUCGGGAAUUUGUUUAAUCUGGAUAUCGCCAAUAUUGGGGAGUGUUUCUGCCGGUGGGCGGGGCAGUACGGGCCGGUGUUCCGCCUUACGUUGGGCAAAUAUAACGUCGUGGUGCUCAGUGAUCCGCAGCUGAUCCGCGAGACAUUCUCCCGCGAGGAAUUCCUCAAUCGGCCGCAGUUCCAGUCGGUUAAGUGGCGCAGUCAGAUUAAUCACGGCAGUCAUGGGGUGGUGUUUGCGGAAGGCGACGCGUGGAAGGAGCACCGGCGUUUCAUUCUGCAGACGUUCCGCGACUUCGGCGUCGGCAAACUGCCGGUGGAGGAACGCAUCGAGGAGGAAGCGGCGCGGCUGGUGGACCAGCUGCACGGCACCACUGAGGCGAUCGACACGCGCGACCCCAUCAGCGCCGCCGUGGCCAACGUUAUCGGCGCCGUCCUCACCGGCCAGCGUUACGAACCCACCGAUCCGCAUUUCCGCCGCUUUCUGGCGCUGAACCGGCUGAAUUUCGCGUACAGCUGGCAGCGCGCCUUCGUGGCGCUGCUGCCGUGGACGCGCCGACUGCCGGUGCUGCGCGACAAAUAUAAGCAGAUUGUCGGCAUGUACGAGGGACUGCGGGAUUUUUUAAAGAGACCACGGAUACGCAUCUGCAACGGUGGACGGAAGGGGAAGCGGCGGAUUUUGUCGAUGGGUAUAUUGCGGCCACCCGCAGCGGCAAUUACGGGUUUCGAUGCGAAGGAGAUUCCGCUGUUGCUAGAAGAUCUUUUCGAAGCCGGCUACGAUACUACGACCACCACGCUGCGCUGGGCGUUAUUGCUGGUGGGUCUGCACACGGACAUGCAGAAGAAAAUCGUUCAGGAAAUGGAGAGUAAAGAUUUGCUAAGCGCCACUCCGGAGGCGCUGAUCCACAGCGGUCACGUGCAUGCAUUGCCCUACACGGAGGCCUUCCUACUGGAAGUACAGCGCUUCGCCACGAUUGCCCCGCUGGGCGUACCGCACACCGCCAGCACCGACACCACCAUCGCCGGCUACUACGUCCCGAAAGGUUCGUGGAUUGUGGCGUGCCUGCGCGCCGUGCAUCACAGCGAGAAAUACUGGCCGAAUCCGGAGGAAUUCGAUCCGCAGCGUUUCCUGACGGGGGACGGACAGCUGGCAAAACUUCCCGACACCUUUGUUCCCUUUUCACUAGGGAAGCGACGGUGUCUGGGGGAGACGCUGGCCAAGAGUGAGCUGUACAUCUUCUUCCUCAGCAUCCUGCGCGUCUUCCUCGUCCUGGCCGAGCCGGCGCCGGACGCCAGCGGCAUCGAUCUGCGCCCGUUGCCGGGAUUGACGGCCGACACCCGGCCGCAUCGCAUCCGCUUCAUCCCGCUGCCCCGCCUCCCACCCUCCUCGCCCUGAGCGACCGGGGCUUUGUUGGCAGUAUUACUAGAGCACUGCACUCGCUGCGCGUGAUCGAAGGGCCGAUCGAAGCGCAGCAGGACCAUAUAUAUUAUAGAAAAGAGUUACUGGUGUGCUUUCCUUCACCUCCCGCGUUUUACUGGAGGCCAUCCUCUUCGAUUGUGUAAUGCUCGCACCCCGGUUGGUAGAAUUUUUGGUCAUGACAAAUUCGAACUGAUGUUUUGCAUUUACGCAGACUUUGUGCAUACCAUUGUAUUUUUUACCGGAUGUCAGUAUUUUUCAUCUGAAUGGUCUGAUUUUCGCAACUUGCAUGUGCGUCGCCGUUUUGUUGUGCAGAAGCCUUUUUUUGUCAAAGCUAGUUAGU